UGAUUCUUGGCCUUAGUUUAUACACAGGGCCCAUUUGGCAGUAACUUUAACCCUGUGUACUCUCAACAACUUACUAGCAGAUAACUACCAGCUAAUCAUCCCCAGGUGAGAACAUAGUACAUGAGGGAGUAGGAGAGAAACAGUCCCCAGUUACUAGCUCACACCCCAUUAAUCUCCCAAUUGGAAGCAAGAGUUUCCCUGUAUAAAACAGGUGAUUCUCGGCCUUAGUUUAUACACAGGCCCCAUGUGGCAGUAACUCUAACCCUGUGUACUCUCAGCAACUUACUACCAGAUAACUACCAGCUAAUCAUCUCCUAGAUGAGAACACAGUACAUGAGGGAGUAGGAGAGAAACAGUCCCCAGUUACUAGCUCACACCCCAUUAAUCUCCCAAUUGGAAGCAAGAGUUUCCCUGUAUAAAACAGGUGAUUCUCGGCCUUAGUUUAUACACAGGCCCCAUGUGGCAGUAACUCUAACCCUGUGUACUCUCAGCAACUUACUACCAGAUAACUACCAGCUAAUCAUCUCCUAGAUGAGAACACAGUACAUGAGGGAGUAGGAGAGAAACAGUCCCCAGUUACUAGCUCACAUCCCAUUAAUCUCCCUAUUGCAAGCAAGAGUUUCCUUGUAUAAAACAGUUUUGUUCCAUGCAUGUCUGGUGCUUUGGAGAGCCUCUGGUCAGUCUCAUAUGAUGUGCAAGACAAAUAAGAAUUUUCAUGCAACAAAGAGGAACCUGAUAGUAAGGCCACUGGCACAAGUCCUCUGUAAAGCAGGGAAACCCAACUAGUCCUGGUCUUCAAAGUGACCUUUAGGGGCUCCUGAACUUUCUGCUGAGGUUCUAGCUUGGUACCUACUAACAUAGUUCAGACUACCCAAUACAAGAUACAGUCAAAGAUUAGACAAGAACAUGGUCAAAAACAGGCUAAGGUCAGGGAAGGCAGCAAGGAUCAAGGUCAAGAAAACAGAAAUGGAACAGACCCGCUGGUUGGCACAACAAAAGGUCCUGCAUUGAUUACCAUGCGUUGGUUGCACAUUUGGUACACUAUCCAGUGGAAGGCACAGAAUACAUGGUUCCUUACGUUUACAGAGCACCCUGUGGAGGUAGCACAGGAAGAAGGUUGCCCAGUGGAAGAUUAUCAUGUGGAGGUGGUACUUUUCAUGUGAUCAGCCUUCUAUGCAAUACUAUUUCUGCAGGAUGCAAUAACAAAGAGUUUCAGAAAUACAUCUCCAAAGGGACUGGACAGCAGCUACCAUCAGACAUACCAGAAGAAUUUCAAAAUGGACAAUAUAAAUUCUUUCUUUCUUUCCAUUUAUGAUAUGCUAAAAGCUAAACAUGAGGAGGGCAUUUACAACACAGUUUGUCUGAGUGUACUUCUGGCUCUGCCAUUGCUGACUCUACUCAUACUCAGUAUUGUUUGCUGUCAUUUCUGCUGCUGUCGGACCAAACAGAGGAAAAACAUCAAUAAGAAUGCGGGCAAAAAGAAAAAAGGGAAAAAGGAGGAGGAGGAUCUUUGGAUCCCAAGUCCACAAAACAAGUCUUUAAUGAUGGAGAAGAUCCCUCCAUUUUCAGUAUAGGCUUGGCCCUGACACUGUUGAAAGAGAUAUUCAGACCAAGUGCACUUAACAGUUUGGCAUGAUAUUUUGUUUGUACCAUACUACUGACUGUCAGUUUUCAAUCUAAGCAUCUGGUAAACAUCUGUUUGGAUGAAGCUAGCGUACAUCCCUGUACUUUUCAUCACUAUUCCAUUUUGGUUCCCAUGAAUAGAUAGUUUAUAGUAAACUAUUUCUUGCAGUAAUUUUAUGUUCAAUGGCGUUAUGCUCAGCUGACUGUCUUAUAUGCAAACUUACAUAGCAGUAGCCUGCCAUUUUUAAUGCUAUAUAUCUCAGGAAUAUAAGAAAUGAGAAUGUUAAAAGCAAUGCACUUGUUUACCACCACAUCUUUGGAUAGCACUUAAUGCCAAAACAGAAUUAUAAGUUAUAAUGUUACCAAUCUGAAAGGUCUUUUCUAUUCCAAGAAUCCAUGAUCCUCAGAAACAAGAAAAAAAUCCCAGUGUUAUUAGUACAGCUGGUUUAAGUCUCAAGUGUUCUACUUCAGUAUGCCACUUGGUACUCUUGGCUUAGUAGAGAUGGCCUUUGAAACUUCAAGAGGUUUCGCUGCUGGGAAAAGGGGGUGCUAAGUAAAAAUUAGUGCGCAAUGACUUAACAGCUGUUAGUAUCAUUUAAAAGUAUUUUUUUUUUAAUUGUUUCAAUUUGUCAACAGAUAUUUUUAAAUAUAUAAAAUACCGUGUAUGUCGUUUUCAGCAGAUUCCUGGUCUGAAAAAAAUACUUUGUUAUUUAUGUUAAAUUCUAUGAAAGAGAAAUGAAACUUUUAUUUAUAUUUUUCUUAAUGUUACAAAUGACAGUUUUAUAUUAUAGGCUUUUUCUAUUUAAUCAUUGGUUUACUGUUCAAACUCAGUUGUGAACUUUGGGUCACAUAUUAAAGUACAUUCAGAAUGCUGGACAACUGCAAGACUUUCACGCUUUGAUGCUAAAUGAGCACUCUGGGAAAAGUUACUUAAUUGCCUUGAUUUCACAAUCCCCCUUGCACAGUGGUGUGAUACAAAGUCUUUUGUGCUAGAAAUACUGGAGUGUUUUCAAACUCAUUUUCCACUAAGCAACUAAUGGUAGUAAGAAUAAUAGGAGAAGUCCCAAUUUGGUGGGAACAGAAAGAGCACAAUGUCACAUACUUGCUUAGUUUGGUAGAAAGUAAAGUGAGUCUGGCAAGUCCUACCAUUUGCCUUUUUGACAGAAAUAUAUUCAUAAAAAAUUUAAAAUAUUUGCUGUACUAUUUUUUCGUGACAUUUUUACACAAGCUCUUCAUUCCCGACUUGUCUCUAUUUUCUACAGUUGCAGCAGUGGCUGGGGAACCAUAUCUCCAGCCUGUUGUGCAAUUGCACCAAUGUCCAACAUGAUUGCUGCAUUAAAUGGACAUUGACAUGCUCCUGUAAACACCGGUAUCACUUUAACAGAAUCAUAUACAUUUUUCAUAAAUCUUUACUGUAUAUGAACAGUAAACUGUGAGACUAUAUGUUUUGCACAGAAUACACUUGACUCCAUUUUUGGAUUUAUGCAUAUGAGUGGAAACUGUCAUACUGCUUGCUUGACAGAGAGUCCCCAUUGUAUUUAGAAGAACAGCGCCAUCUGUUUAGAACUUCUAGACUGGGCUGAUCUGUUGAAGGCUUAGAAAAAGUGCACAGCACAGCAGCUUGAAUUUUAUUGCUGUCUUGCCUAUAAAGUCGAGGUAAAUAUAAAGUUUUGAUUAUUUGCAAAUACAUUCACUGCUAUAGUGCAAGAAAAAUAAAGUUUGUACUAUAUUUUUGUAAAA